AUGACAACAACUUAUUCAACUAUUACAGUUCAAGCUCCAAUGAAUAUUGCUUUAAUUAAAUAUUGGGGAAAGAAAAAUAAAGAUUUAAUUAUUCCUUUAAAUGAUUCUAUAUCUAUAACAAUUAACAGUUUAUGCGCAAUUACAAAGAUUACUGUUGAUUCUAAUUUAGAAAAUGAUUUGGUUAUAAUUAAUGGAAAAAUAGAAAAUAAUUGUCGUUUUGAAAGAGUUUUUAAUGAAGUAAGAAGUAUUGUUGAUAGAAGAAAGAGAAAUGUGAAUGGUGAAUUGUUAAAUGAAAAUAAAUAUUUUAAGAUUGAAUCUAAAACUAAUUUUCCAAUAUCGGCUGGAUUAGCUUCUUCGGCUGCUGGUUUUGCUGCAAUUUCUUUUGGACUAGGCUCUCUAUUUAAAUUUAAAGAAUUAAAAGAAAUUGUUAGAAUUGCUAGAAUUGGUUCUGGUUCUGCUUGUAGAAGUAUUCUUGAUGGAUUUGUUCAUUGGAAAGCGGGGAAUAGUGAUGAAAAUGAUUCUGAAUGUAUUUCAAAUAACACCAAUUUCACAUUGGAAAGAACUUCGAGUACUUGUAAUAACUACAAAUGAACAACGUAAAAAAAUUGGAAGUACAGAAGCAAUGCAACGUACAGUUUUAACUUCAAAACUUUUAAAGGAAAGAGUUGAGGAAUGUGUUCCGAAAAGAAUUAAAAA